AUGUUCGAGACCUUUCAGGACGUGGAAGCGAGAUCGUCUAUGUCGUCGAAGAGCAGCGUCAAUGUGGUCCAGCGCGAUCCCACUGCAUCUCCGAUGACUUCAGACAUAGCGACGUCGAUGUCUGCAACCACUGUGAGCAAGGAGAAACAGGAAAGCACAACGGGGGGUCAAGGUCACAUCGACGCUUCUACUUCGACCUCGAAUCUCCAGUUCGUGUCAAUUGUUCUUGCAUUGUGUCUUGCAAUAUUCCUAGUCGCACUGGACAACCUGAUCAUCUCGACGGCAAUCCCCACCAUCACGAACACAUUCCACUCGCUCGACGACGUUUCUUGGUAUGGCUCUUCCUACCUCUUCACCACAUGCUCCUUCCAACUCGUCUUCGGAAAGGCGUACACGUUUGUUUCGCCGAAGUAUGUCUUCGUCUUCGCCAUCUUUCUGUUUGAGGUUGGCUCAGCCGUGUGUGGUGCUGCACCCAGCUCCGUUGCGUUGAUCCUGGGACGCACCAUUGCCGGCGUCGGAUCUGCGGGUGUGUUUUCAGGCGCAUUGAUCAUUAUGGCGGGAUUGGUACCCUUGGAGAAGAGGGCUAUCUAUAAUGCUGUUCUGAAUUCCAUGUAUGGCAUCGCGUCUAUCAUUGGACCUUUGAUCGGAGGCGUGCUGACCGAUAACCUGUCCUGGCGCUGGUGCUUCUACAUCAACCUCCCUCUCGGUGGCCUCUCUGUCUUUGUUAUCCUAUUUGCCCUUCGGCCAAAACAUAACAGCAAAAACUCGAGGACCUUGACGCUCACAUUCAAACAAAAGGUCGCCUACGUUGACAUCCUUGGCACCUCAAUCCUCAUCCCUUCUAUCGUAUGUCUUCUGCUCGCCCUGCAAUGGGGUGGAACGGCCUAUUGGUGGUCGAACUUCCGGAUACCGCUGUUGUUCGUCCUCUCUUUCACGCUUGGCAUCGUCUUCAUCUUUGUACAAUUUCGCCAACCCGGACCAAAUGCCACCCUGCCGCCUCAUAUUCUGAAGCAGAGGACGAUGGCGGCCGCAAGCUUCUUCACCGUGGCGCUCGCGGGCCCGUUCUUCAUAUUCAUUUACAGUGUGCCCAUCUGGUUCCAAGCAGUCCAAUCCACUUCCGCCGUCCGCUCCGGUGUACUGAUCAUCCCGCUCUGUCUGGGCGUCAUCGUCAUGUCUCUUGCCUCCGGAGUCGGCACAGCCCAGCUAGGCUACUAUGCACCCUUUUUCUACAUCUCAGCCGUCCUCCAGUCCGUCGGUGCCGGACUCAUGACGACGUGGACCGUGGCCACAAGCACAGCAGCACAGGUGGGGUAUCAACUCGUCUACGGUUGUGGAGUCGGCUUUGCGAUGAACCUGCCCUUUGUGUGUGCUUCGACGGUGCUCGCCGAGGGUGACGUCGCCAUCGGGACUGCCAUCAUCACAUUCCUCCAAACACUCUCCGGGGCUGUCUUUCUCGCGGUCAGCCAGAAUGUCUACUUGAAUCGACUGGCCUCGUCGCUGAGCCGGGGUUUGCCGGACCUUGACCCGAACCUGGUGUUGCACGUGGGAGCGACGGAGCUGAAAAAUGCCGUAUCGCCGGGUGACCUGGACGUGGUCAAGCACGCGUACAACGACGCUUUGACUUUCAUGUGGUAUAUCUCCGUGGCAUUGGCCUGUGUGACGUUGUUUGGUGCUAUGGGCAUCGAGUGGCGGAGUGUCAAGGGCAAAAAGGUUGGAGGGGGCGAAAAGGUGGGAGGGGAGGGCAGUAAGGCUGAAGAGGAGGGUAUCAAGUCUUCAGAGGAGGGCUGA